AUAUAAUUUGGCAGUGACAUCGGUAUCGAUCAGUCAUUUUCAUUCCGAGCGAAAUCAGAGAAAGAAGCAAGUGUGUCUUGUGCGAUUUCAUUUAGCGAUUUUACAGGGAAAACCCUUAAAGUAUUUUAAUUAAAUAGUGUUUUUCUACUUGAGGAAUAAUUUAAUAUAAGCAGUAUUGUGAUACCAAAGAAAAGAUGAAGUUGUGUCUCGCACUGGGGGCAAUAUGUCUCUUGGCCAGUGUACUGGCUAAAGACGAUAAGGACAAGGAGGAUAUUGGUACUGUCAUCGGUAUUGAUUUGGGAACCACUUAUUCAUGUGUGGGAGUCUACAAAAAUGGCCGCGUCGAAAUCAUCGCCAACGACCAAGGUAACCGCAUCACCCCCUCUUACGUAGCAUUCACCGCCGACGGCGAACGUCUCAUAGGAGACGCCGCCAAAAAUCAACUGACCACAAAUCCGGAAAAUACCGUUUUCGACGCGAAACGUCUUAUCGGCCGCGACUGGAACGACCCCGCCGUCCAGCACGACAUCAAAUUCUUCCCGUUUAAAGUGGUGGAGAAGAACAGCAAACCGCACAUCAAAGUCGAGACCAGUCAGGGCGAGAAAAUCUUCGCUCCCGAGGAAAUCUCCGCGAUGGUCCUCACCAAGAUGAAGGAAACGGCGGAAGCGUAUUUGGGCAAAAAGGUGACGCACGCGGUCGUGACCGUCCCCGCGUACUUUAACGACGCCCAAAGACAGGCCACCAAAGAUGCCGGCGUCAUUGCCGGUAUGACCGUCAUGAGAAUCAUCAACGAACCGACCGCGGCCGCUAUCGCUUACGGUUUGGAUAAGAAAGAGGGCGAAAAGAACGUUUUGGUGUUCGAUUUGGGCGGCGGUACGUUCGACGUGUCUCUCCUCACCAUCGAUAACGGGGUGUUCGAGGUGGUGGCCACCAACGGGGACACCCAUUUGGGCGGUGAAGAUUUCGAUCAGCGCGUCAUGGAUCACUUCAUUAAGUUGUACAAGAAGAAGAAGGGCAAGGACAUCAGGAAGGAUAACAGGGCGGUGCAGAAGUUGAGGCGCGAAGUCGAAAAGGCGAAGAGGGCGCUGUCGGCCAGUCAUCAAGUCAGGAUCGAGAUCGAGAGUUUCUUUGAGGGCGACGACUUUUCCGAAACGUUGACCAGGGCCAAAUUUGAGGAGUUGAACAUGGAUCUGUUCAGGUCGACUUUGAAACCGGUUCAAAAGGUAUUGGAGGACGCGGACAUGAACAAAAAAGACGUAGACGAGAUCGUCUUGGUCGGCGGCUCCACUCGUAUCCCGAAGGUGCAACAAUUGGUAAAAGACUAUUUCGGAGGCAAGGAACCGUCCAGGGGCAUCAAUCCCGACGAGGCGGUCGCCUACGGAGCGGCCGUACAGGCCGGAGUACUCAGCGGCGAACAAGACACCGACGCCAUCGUACUUUUGGACGUCAAUCCUUUGACUAUGGGCAUCGAGACGGUGGGCGGCGUUAUGACCAAACUGAUACCCAGGAACACCGUUAUUCCCACCAAGAAGUCGCAGAUUUUCAGUACCGCCAGCGACAAUCAACAUACUGUUACCAUUCAGGUAUACGAAGGCGAACGUCCAAUGACCAAAGACAAUCAUUUACUGGGCAAAUUCGACCUUACGGGAAUCCCACCGGCACCCAGGGGAGUGCCCCAAAUCGAGGUAACUUUCGAAAUCGACGCCAACGGCAUCUUACAAGUAUCGGCGGAAGAUAAAGGAACCGGCAACCGGGAAAAGAUCGUCAUCACCAACGACCAGAACCGUCUUACGCCCGACGACAUUGACCGCAUGAUCAGGGACGCGGAAAAGUUCGCGGACGAAGAUAAAAAAUUAAAAGAGAGAGUCGAGGCGAGAAACGAGCUCGAGAGUUACGCGUACUCGUUGAAAAACCAACUGUCCGACAAGGAGAAACUCGGUGCGAAAGUGAGCGCGGAAGAGAAAACGAAAAUGGAGGAGGCGAUCGACGAGAAAAUCAAGUGGCUGGAGGAGAAUCAGGACACGGAGGCGGACGAGUACAAGAAACAGAAGAAGGAGUUGGAGGACGUGGUGCAGCCGAUCAUCGCGAAACUUUAUCAGUCGACGGGCGGCGCGCCGCCACCGACGCCCGGCGGCGACGACGACGAACUAAAAGACGAACUGUAAUCCGAGUCCCAAAUACGCGAUUAAAGACUGAAUAGGUACUGAGUAUUUUUCAGGUGAAUUUGUGCGCGAGUGUGUAUGUUUGUGUCCUUAAAAAAAAAUUGUUUUUCUUUUUUGAUUUUUUUGUAUCAAAAUGUUAGAUAUAAUUUAUUUAUUUGCGCAAGUUAAGUGCCGGGUACUUGAGUUGUAAACACUUUUUUUGCAAAUAAUAUAGUGAUUUUUAAGUUA